AGUGUGCAAAUUGUUAAAUGUAUUUUGCAAUCCUCGAAUACAUGACUUACAUGACCUCGAAAUCCUCGAAUCAGAAUUCGUCCUGAAAGCUCGUCCCAGUUUUUGAAGGUCACCUUGAGGACGGAUUUUCUUAAAAAGCUUGCGCGUUCGUGCACUCAGUGGUAUUGCUGGAUGUUGCAUCAAGUUUUCAUUUGUUUAAAUAUACUGCGUACGUGAUUUAAACGCGAUUACGUCUGCAGCGGCCAGUGUGGACUGUGGGCCAGUGUGGGCCAGUGUGAUAUUGUUAUUCAUACAAAGAGGCUUUUCGUUCCUUUGGUCAAUUUUACGUGAAAUUAUAAACAUGAAAGUUGUCCGUGCGACGGGAAAUAUUUUGUGGAAUGUCAUUCCAGCGCGCUACAUUCUGGCCAUCCUGGGUUCUAUCGGGAUGGCCAUUGUCUAUGGCCUGAAGGUUAAUCUGUCGGUGGCAAUGGUGGGGAUGUUGAACCACACAGCUCUCAAGAAGGCCACCCCUGAUAAAUUAACAGGAGAACCAGAAUGUGCCGAUUUCGAUGCUCAAGAAAGUGGAGUAGAAUCUGAUGGGCCGUUUGGUUGGGGUGGUGACGUGCAAGGACUUAUCUUGAGUUGUUACUUUUGGGGAUAUUUCGUGUCACAAAUACCAGGAGGUCGUGUCGCGGAACUGUUUUCGGCGAAAUGGGUGAUGUUCUUCAGCGUGACGAUCAAUGUGGUCUGCACGCUGCUCACUCCCCCCAUGGCGGAGUUACACUACGCUGGUGUUAUCGUCAUGAGGAUUGGCGAGGGCAUUGGAGGAGGUGUGACGUUCCCGGCGAUGCACGUGCUGCUGUCGAAGUGGGCUCCGCCAGCCGAGCGAAGUGUGAUGGCGGCGUUGGUGUACGCGGGCACGUCGCUCGGCACCGUCAUAUCUAUGCUGAUGGCUGGUGGUUUGACUGUUGCUGCAGGUUGGGCGAGUGUGUUCUACGUGAUGGGAGGCUUAUCUUGCAUCUGGUGUGUGCUGUGGGUGUUUCUGGUGCAGGACUCGCCGCAGCAGCAGAGGAUCAUCACGCAGGAGGAGAGGGAUAUGAUCGUUGAAUCACUCGGCAAUACUGAGGAAACUUCGAAAAAGAAGCAGCCAGUGCCGUGGAAGUCGGUGUUCACAUCGGCGCCGUUCCUGGCGAUCCUGGUGGCGCACACGUGCUCCAACUGGGGCUGGUACAUGCUGCUCAUAGAGCUGCCCUUCUACAUGAAGCAAGUGCUCAAGUUUAAUAUGGCACAGAACACAGUAACGACAGCCAUGCCGUUCUUGUCACUGUGGCUGUUCAGCAUGAUACUCAGCAAGACGCUGGACACCCUGCGGGAGAAGGGAAAAAUCAGCACCACCGUUGCCAGGAAAGUCGGCACAUUGUUUGCGUCCGCGGUGCCAGCGGUGUGUAUGCUGGCGCUGUGCUUCGUGGGAUGUUCGCGUGCCGCGGCGGUGGCGCUGAUGGCGAUCGCGGUGACCAGCAUCGGCGGGAUGUUCUGCGGGUUCCUCUCCAACCAUAUCGACAUCGCACCUAAUUUCGCUGGUACUCUCAUGGCUAUAACGAACACUGUGGCAACAAUCCCCGGCAUCAUUGUGCCGAUCUUCGUUGGACACAUCACUGAUGGAAAUCAAACAAUAAGCGCAUGGAGAGUAAUCUUCUUCGUGACAAUUGGACUGUAUAUUAUAGAGAUAGUGGUUUAUACUCUAUACGGUUCGGGAGAACAACAACCUUGGAACAAUGUGACUGAAGAGGGUCAAGACAGGAAUGAUUCCAAACGACUGAAGACUGAUGUAGAUUAGAAAGUUUUUAUGAUUUAUUAAGUU